AUGAUCUCUCAGUUCUUCGUGCUUUCACAGAGAGGCGAUAACAUCGUCUUUCGAGACUAUCGUGGAGAUGUACAGAAAGGAAGUGCGGAAAUAUUUUUCCGCAAAGUGAAGUUCUGGAAAGAAGAUGGCAAAGAGGAAGCACCUCCUGUAUUUAAUCUAGAUGGUGUAAACUACUUUCAUGUGAAGGUGGUUGGCCUGCUUUUUGUUGCAACCACAAGGGUCAGCUUGUCCCCUUCCUUAGCUUUGGAGCUUCUGCAGAGAAUUGCACGUGUCAUCAAAGAUUACCUUGGUGUUCUUAGUGAGGAGUCUUUGCGGAAAAAUUUUGUUCUUGUGUACGAACUGCUUGAUGAAGUUAUAGAUUUUGGAUACGUUCAAACAACAUCUACUGAAGUAUUGAAGUCUUAUGUGUUCAAUGAACCGAUUGUGGUUGACGCUGCACGCAUGCCGCCCCUUGGUCCUGCAGCCCUAUUUAUGCAAGGAAACAAAAGAAUGCCAGGGACAGCUGUUACAAAAUCCGUUGUUGCAAAUGAACCUGGGGGUAGGAAAAGGGAGGAAAUCUUUGUUGAUAUAAUAGAGAAAAUAAGCGUCACUUUUAGCUCAAGUGGGUAUGUAUUGACUUCUGAAAUUGAUGGCACCAUCCAAAUGAAGAGUUAUCUAACUGGAAACCCAGAGAUCAGAUUAGCUCUUAAUGAUGAUCUGUACAUUGGAAAGAGUGGCAUAUCAAAUUACGGCUAUAGUGGUUCAUCUGGGACAGGACCAGUUAUUUUGGACGAUUGUAAUUUUCACGAAUCUGUACAUAUGGAUAGUUUUGAUGUUGACAGAACACUGAGUCUGGUACCACCAGAUGGGGAAUUUCCUGUCAUGAAUUAUCGUAUUACCCAGGAAUUCAAACCCCCGUUUUUCGUCAAUACCUUAAUUGAAGAGGCAGGGACACUGAAGGCUGAAGUGAUUCUGAAAAUCCGUGCUGAGUUUCCUUCAAGUAUUACAGCUAACACAAUCUUAGUAGAAAUGCCAUUGCCUGCGUGUACAACCAGGGUCAAUUUUGACUUGGAACGUGGAAUAGUUGGGCAGAGUGCUGAUUUCAAAGAAUCACAAAGAAAACUUGAAUGGAGUGUGAAGAAGAUUGUGGGGGGUUCUGAACACACACUACGUGCAAAAUUGAAUUUUUCACAAGAGUUGCAUGGAAAUAUUACAAAGGAAGCUGGGCCAGUGAGCAUGACCUUCACAAUUCCUAUGUAUAAUCCUUCAAGGCUGCAGGUAAGGCUGUUAAGAUUAUGA